AAAUAAUGAUAAGAAAUUAUUACAAACAGUUUAAAAACAUAAACUAUUGAGAAUUUUAACAAAUAAAAACUAAAAAUUUUAAUUUUAAUAUUUUAGGUGUUCCGUCAAAUUGGAGUCGAUCUGAUGACACUUCCUGAAGUUGAUGGUUAUAAGUACGUUGUAGUGGCUAUCGACUAUUUUUCAAAAUGGUCCGAAGCUAGGCCAUUAUAUGAUAAAACUGCAGUUUCGGUAGCAAGAUUUUUGUACGACGAUAUAAUUUGUCGACACGGGUGUCCCAGGAUUCAAAUAAACGAUCAAGGACGGGAAUUUUUGAAUUCCUUAAAUGAUGAGCUCUCUCGCCUAACAGGAACUCAACAAAGAGUCACAUCAGCAUACCAUCCACAGGCAAAUGGCCUAGUCGAACGGCAAAAUCGAACAAUUAAAAAUUGUUUACUCAAAGUGCUGCAAAAUAAUGUAUAUAAAUGGCCUUCUAUUUUACAGGGAGUUUUAUUUGCUCACCGAACUGCACAACAUUUCUCUACAGGAUAUUCUCCAUUUAAAAUGCUAUACCAACGUGAAGCAACACUCCCGAUUGAUGUUGAUGGUAGUUCGGAAAACGAAGAAGAAAAAUGUGAAAAUGGUAUGAUAGAAAAUACAUUUAAUCAAGAAGAUUUUGAUAAAACAUUAGAAAAAAUGAUAAAUAUGAGGAACAUUAUGGAAAACCACGCUAAACAAAAUAUUGGAGAGGCUCAAAAACGACAACGACUAUCAUAUGCAAAACGGCACAACACUGGCUAUAUAUUUAAAGAAAAUGAUAAAGUCUUAGUAAGAAAUUUAAGGAGAGAUGACCGAAAGGGUGGCUGGAAAUAUGUACCUUGGGAAGGACCUUAUACUAUUGUAUCAAUUAAUAAAGGAAAUACGUGUACAUUAAAAUCCAAAAACAAAAUUUUAGCAAAAAAACAACAUUUAAGUAACCUUAAAUAUUUUAAAGAAUCUUCUAACACUAAUAUAGUUGACUUGAAAAAUAAUGUUGAAGAAAAACUAAUAGGGGAAAACGAUGAAAAUAUGAAUGAAGACUUCAACGGAGGAUUAUAUACAAAAUUAAAUACGCUAAAAGUCGAAGAAGUUGGAAAAAUAAAACGUAAAGAACUAACAAGUUUAAUGGAAGGAGAAUUAGACGAAGAUAAAGAAAAACAAAUAAAUAAUGAUAUGGUCGAUAAUGUUGAUGACGUGGUGUGUACGAGCCUUUCAGUAGUUGAUAAACGUCGUCGGGUAUUUAAUCCAAUUGCAAAACCAUGGCAGAUUCUAAAAUGCGCACAAUUAAAAUUAAACCUUACUAAAGUACUGGAAUUUAAAGGAAGAGGAACAUUUUUAAACAAACCAGCAGAAACAAAAAAUAUUAUAGGAGACGGUAAUUGCCUAUAUAGGGCAUUAUCAUACUGGAUAACAGGCACAGAGGACAAUCAUAUGGAAAUACGUAAACGUAUUGCUGAGGUGGUUAAAACUAAUAUAAAUAUCAACCACUAUAUUGGCGGGGACGAUAAAAUCGGUAUUUAUUUAGAAAAAAAUAAAAUAGAUAAUAAUGGUAAGAUUUAUUAUACUAACUUAUCCAAAUACAAAAACAUAAAUGCAAUAGAAUUAUCAAGAACUAAUUAUUUCUUAUAUAUAUUUAUUUUUAAAAACAUUUUGUGCAAUGUAAAUAUGAUUUUUUUUAGGUGUUUGGGGUACUGAUGUUGAAAUUUUUGCUGCAGCUCAAUUAUUAAAAACAUCAAUUUAUGUCUAUGCAACAACAACAAAUACAUGGCAACUUUUUAAUAAAAACCUUAAUUUAAAAAAAAAUAUUUAUCAUACUGAACGAUGCAUUUAUAUAAGAAACAUAGGUAAUGUACACUUUGAUGUGGUUCUAGGUGUUGUAUAGUGUAAUAAUUUUUAUAAAGUUAUAAAGUGUACAAGAAAGCUAAAGUAAGCUAGUAUAUUUAAAAAUCAAAUUUAAAAAAAAAUUGUCAUUCGUUAUUUUAUUAUUUUAAUUUCAUACCCUUAUGUAUUCUUCAAUAAUUAAUUGGUUU